AUGAACAUUGUGGUGACGAAUACGGAACUGAAUGCCGACUAUUUGAAUGGAUUGGCCGCCAAAUACUGGUCGCCGACCACCGCUGACAAGUGGUCGCCAUUUGAUCCGAACCUCAUUCAAGACAUCUAUAAUAAUGAGAUCAAAAGCGACGGCUUUAAUGUCAAACGGGUUAUGAUCUUAGAGUUGAGUCAAUACCUCGAGAACUACUUGUGGCCUAACUAUGGCCCGACGGACGACACCGAUGGCCAGCCGUCGACCCAACACUUGAUGUCAAUUGUGGUUAUGAUUAACGAGAAGUUUCGCGAAAGAGUUCACGUCUGGCAGUGCUUCCAACGGAGACCGCAAUUCUUCGGCCACUUUAUGGCCGCAAUCACUCGUUUGAUGAUAUUUAAGGCCAACGACUUGUCAUUCAAAGAGCGCACUUCUCUGUUGCUCUUUAUUAUCCAUUGUUUUAAUGGCGUUGAAGUGAAGAUCAUUCGCGACGAGAUCCAGAAGUACGUGUCGCUCAGCCUUUGGUCACAAUUAUCGACAAAACGCCGAGAAUUUGAAUUUAAAAAACUGCCAAAACUUGAGAAGUAUUGGAAUGCGAUCCACAAGAAGGACAAUCUGAUGGACAACGAGUCCAAAGAACGCGUUCUCUUCGAGAGAAGUUUUUUGUCGGAACUGAUUAAACAGUUCUUCAAAUAUCUGUCACUCAUUCCGUCGGCCAAAGAGCGGCCAAAACUCGAUAAACAGACAUACGAUGUGAUCCAUUAUUGCGAACGCUUUCUGGAACUGAUGAUCGACUUGGAGUCCAUUCUUCAGACGAGACGCUUCUUCAGCGCACUGAUGGACGACAUGCAUGUCGUCAUAAUCGCCCGGUCGUCCAAUUUGGCCAAACGGACCGGCAAUGAGUCCAAACUGUUCGGUCAACUCUUGGAAAUGCUUUUGUUUUACUCGGACUUUGAGAUCGACGACAUGACCGGAGAGGCGAUGACUGAACAACAGAUUAUGAAAAGGCAUUACGAAUGCAUACAUCGAAUGCAACUUCAAGUAUACAAACACUUUCCAGAUCUCAAAGACGUGUUCAUUGCGAACGUAUCGGCGAUCGACACUCAAUCGGCGCUUAAGAAGCACUUCCAGGCGUUAAACGAUUCAGAUUUAGUUAAAUUGGCGGCACUUUUAGGUCUGGGCGAUGAGGAAGUGUUGAACGCAGCCAAUGAUCGCAAUCUAAUACUGGAUUUGAUUGUUAGUAAACACGAGAGACAGACGUCGCGACUGCAGGCGCUCAACGAAAUGCCUUUAUAUCCUUCGGAGGCAAUCAUUUGGGACGAGAAUCUGGUGUCGUCUCAGUAUUUCUCGGGCGACAGUUGUCUCGCACUCCCGAAACUCAACCUCCAGUUCCUCACUCUUCACGACUAUUUGCUGCGAAACUUUCAUUUGUUUCGUUUGGAGUCCACGUAUGAGAUCCGUCAGGACAUCGAGGACUCGGUCUCGCAUAUGAAGCCGUGGCGGACAGAGACGGGUGGAGUGAUGUUUGGCGGGUGGGCGCGGAUGGCCAUCGGGAUCGACAGUUUCACUAUAAUUGAAGUGCGAAAACCAAAUUUAGGCGAAAAACAUCCGUCGAGAGUGAGAGCCGAUGUUGUCGUCAAUCUAAACGUUCGGCGAGAAGUGAAACACGAAUGGGAAUCAUUGCGGAGACACGACGUGUGCUUUUUGAUCACUGUUCGGCCCGCGUGUCCGCCGGGAACUCCUUAUAAAUAUAAAGAGCCGUUUGUACCACAGGUUGGCCUCACAUACGUGAGGGGCUGUGAGAUCGAGGGACUGCUUGACCCGCAGGGAAAGAUCAUCGACGAGACGGCACUCGACAAACCAUUCUAUAACACAGACUUCAGAACGUUUAGGGUUUGGUUGGAUUGCAAUCAAUAUAAGGAAGAUAUGGACAAAACAUCGGGUGAUACCGACGAAGACAUUUACGACACGUUUAACAUUCUUGUCAGACGUAAACCAAAAGAGAAUAAUUUCAAAGCCGUUUUGGAGACCAUUAGAGAUCUAAUGAAUACUGAAUGUGUUGUUCCCGAAUGGCUGCAAGAAGUGGUGCUCGGAUUUGGUGACCCAUCAGCCGCUCACUACUCGAAUAUGGCCUCAAAGUUAUCGACCAUUGAUUUUUGUGACACUUUUAUCGAUUUUGAACACUUGAAAGAAUCGUUUCCAGGAUAUGAUAUACAAAUCGAUUGUAAAUCUUUGCAAUUGCUUCCGCCGUUUAAGAUAACGUUCUCCGAAGACGAGGAAUCGAUGGAUAAGAAAGACAAUGAUAUCAAAGAGGAAGAAAAAGUAGAGCCAAAGAAGUCACUGACUGUCACUCCAUAUGUUAUGCCCAAUAGAGGGCCAUAUCUUGUGGAACAGCCGAAGACAAAUACCGUUCGUUUUACGGCCACUCAAGUGGAGGCCAUCAAAGCCGGUGUACAGCCGGGCCUAACCGUAUUGGUCGGUCCGCCCGGAACCGGCAAAACGGAUGUCGCCGUUCAGAUCAUAUCAAACAUUUACCAUAAUUUCCCGGAACAGCGGACACUAAUCGUCACUCACUCUAAUCAGGCGCUGAACGCACUGUUCGAGAAGAUAAUGGCGCUCGACGUCGACGAAAGGCAUUUACUCCGUUUAGGACACGGAGAGGAAGCGCUCGAAACGGACAAAGACUUCAGUCGAUACGGACGCGUCAACUAUGUGUUGGCCAAACGAAUCGAUUUACUCAAUAAAGUGGAGUUUUUGGCCAGAAGUUUGGCCAUAGAGUCGGACGUGGGCUACACUUGCGAAACGGCCGGUUAUUUCUAUUUAUAUCACGUAUUGUCGCGUUGGGAACAGUAUAUGAAUAAAUUGCGGUCAAAUAAGACAGUGGAGACUGUGGCCAAACUGUUCCCGUUUUACAAGUUCUUCGAGACGGCUCCGCAGCCACUAUUUAAAGGCCAGUCAUUGGAUGAGGACCUGGAGAUAGCGCGCGGAUGUUAUCGGUAUAUAAAGAAGAUGUUCACACAAUUGGACGAAUUCAAGGCCUUCGAGAUGUUGCGGACGGGUUUAGACCGAAGCAAUUACCUGUUGGUCAGAGAGGCCAAGAUUAUAGCCAUGACGUGCACACACGCGGCCCUCAAACGCAAAGAGUUGGUCGGCUAUGGCUUCCAAUACGACAACAUUCUGAUGGAAGAGUCGGCACAGAUUCUGGAGAUCGAGACAUUCAUACCUCUGCUGUUGCUCUUGGGCCUCUUGCCGGUCUUCAAGAGCUUAUACCUUGUCAGCGACAAGUGGCGAUUCGUGCGGUUAGGCGUUCCCACCAUCGAUCUGGACGCUCAGGGGCGCGCCCGACCCUCCCUCUGCUCAUUAUACAAGUGGCGGUACAAGAAUUUAGGCGAUUUGGCCCACGUGUCCGCUCUUCCCGAGUAUCAGUUCGCAAAUUCAGGCUUUCGUUUUGAUUACCAACUCAUAAACGUUGACGAUUUCAAUGGUGUGGGAGAGUCAGAACCCGUGCCAUAUUUCUAUCAGAACUUGGCUGAAGCGGAGUACGUUGUGGCCACGUUUAUGUACAUGCGUUUACUCGGAUACCCGGCCGACCGCAUCACCAUUUUGACCACAUAUAACGGACAAAAGCAUUUGAUUCGCGAUGUCGUCAAACAGCGGUGCGCUUCCAAUCCUUUCAUUGGAUUUCCAGCAAUGAUAACAACUGUUGACAAAUAUCAGGGCCAACAAAACGAUUACAUUCUCUUAUNGAACAGCCGAUUCGAGUGCCGCUGA